AUGACAGGACAGGACGGCCCCGUCUUGGCCGUGCUGCUUUGCACAGCAGUCCACGCUAUCGGGAAGAUCAUCAAUCAUGAGAUGUAUCGCAAUUGGAAUAAGCAAAGCAUUUGGAAUGACCCAAAUUGGCAAAACUUCACAGCUACCUUCAAUGAACGAACCGCUUCUUUGUUCACUCACACCUUUUCCCCUUGGACUAUCGCCAACAAUACUCUGACUCUUGAUAACGAAGGCGGCGCACCAAAGAGCUACUACUGGAACACCUUGCCAAGAGAAUUACUUGUCUUCACAUUCCUUGCAGGACUGAUGUAUCUUUGGGAUAUAUAUCUGGAGAACAUUCUACCUACGCGACCACGAGCCGUGGGAGCAGACACGAAACCCGAAAAGGCCGUUGACCCAAAUGAGCCUAAGGAGGAGACUCUGGGCCGCUUCAGCUGGCGCAACACAUUACUGAAGUGGCUGAUGGACGCUAUCCUCGGAACAAUGUGGAAGACUGUUGUCUCUCUGGUGAUCAAAGGUGAGGGACUAACGAUUGACUCCUUGAUUGAAACUUCUAUCAUUGGGGCAACUGGGUUCAUACACUUUGGUUAUAUUGUUUCUUUCAUUCUGUUUAUUGCCAUACCUGCACCGGAACGCCCGCUGUUUAGGACCUUUGCCGCUUCAUAUUGUGUACUUCUCUGUCUAAAAUGGCAAUGGUUCAGUUCUUGA